AUGUCUCAAGCGGAGCGCACCGAUCAAUCUAGCGGAGCCAAGUACUUUGGCAAAACCUCGCCAAAGGAGCUUAGAGAACUUGAAAGCAAUGCUGCAAGGGCUAGACCAGAUCAACUAGCCAAGGCCGCAUCGUAUCUCGAACAAGCCUUUCGUGGCAUGAAAACAGCGUGGUUUGGUGGAUGGGCACUUAGGCUUCGAGGAUCACGCCGAGAGACCCACGACCUCGACUUCCUUAUCUUGGUCCCCUCCGUGGUCGAGGUUAGAACUGUUUUGGCCCAAUACAGUUGGGCAAUAUUGGCAUUUUAUGAGACUGCUGGUGGGAUUCAAGAGAGGAUGUUCAUUGACAUUGAUGAAGGGGGACAAGUUGUUGGUGUAGAUAUUAUCAUUUCUGGUGCGAUAGGAACCCCCAACCUCAGCGAGUCGGAAUCUCGUGAAUCAAUUCCUCCAUCAUUUCAAACACCACAAGGGAGCCGGGUGAACGUUAUCCAUAUUACAUGGCAAGUCGAGACAAAGCUUACUGCGUGGUUCGCAAGAAGGAAGGACUCGGACUUUCUCGAUCUAGUUUUCCUCUUGACUAAUUAUGGUCGUGAAAUCGCGAAGUGGAGUCAACACUUAGAUAAGAAUAUGCGGGAAAGUUUCUAUCAGGUCUAUGACUCAGGUGAAGAGGACAAAACAAGGCGUGAAGCAGUAAAGAAGAUGCUUUCUUUGUAA